GCAAUGGCGACCGAUGGGACCGCUACUCGUCUUUGUCCAAACUGGCCAAUAAAACACCAAAAAUAGGUUUCUGUUUGGUUACAUGCAGCUGGGAAAAUGGCAACCAAACAUGAAGAUCAGUGGCAUCAUGACCUGAUGACAAAGGGAGGCUUCCACCAGGUGUACGACAAUGAUAUCCCAUCACGAGCACGUCUGACCUGUCCACCUGGUCUCAGUAUAAAAUCCGUCAAAGACCAUGAGGGAAGGACCACUUCUGGAGUUUUUGCCAAGAAAAUCGUCCAAGUUAGGACAAGAUUUGGACCCAUGCUUGCUCCAGUUAAAAACCGUACAAGGUCUGAAGCCCCUCGACAGCCUGCUAAUGUUGAUGGCCAUACAGACGGUCCUUCUAAUAAUCCACUGAACACUGCACUGCCACCUAGCUCAGUACAUAGCCAGGUAUCAGUGGGACAGCAGGGGGACAAGUUAUCUCUGUCCACUACUGAUCAGAUGUUACAGAGCGUCAAUCGCAGUAUACAGGAAGUGGCCAUUGACCGCAAUAACGUGGAGCACCAGGACAUUGUCCAGCAGGCUCUGGGCAUUGUCAAACUGUCAGACGACCAUCACGCUCCGGGUCCAUUCGGAGAUGCCAGUACGACACUGGCAGAGACCAUCCACCUCGCUACUUCACUAGCCAGCGAGACGAUGGCGGGCACCGGACAGUUUACAGCCAGUCAGAUCGGGGACGACCUCAGUCUGACGGUGCCGAUCGAGUCGACAAUAAACCCCAGUGUGACGGAGGGACUGACUCUAACUGCCACUCAGGCCCAGAGCCUGCUGGCUCACAUGGACUCAUCUAGUUUCCCCUCUGUGACUAGUAGUGGAGCCAUGAUGACAAACCAACAGGACAUACUAAACAGUGUUGUGACCGAGCCCCAGCUGCUGGCUCAGACUUCAGAAGCUCAGGUUGUUGGUGUAGUUAAGAAUGCUUUACAGGGGGUUGUUAAUGAUAUGAUCAGUGAGGUAUCCUCUACACCAGACCAGUCCAUAAAGGAGGAAGAAAGCUUAAAACCCAAUCCUGCUGAUCAACCUUUUGUUGUUAAGGUCUUCCAUGAUGAUGGUUAUGAAGAUGAGCUGGACUUGUCUGAUGAAGAUAAAUGUAACUGGAUGAUGUUUGUGAGGCCUGCCAGAACUGCUGCCGAACAAAACGUAGUGGUCUGUCAGCACCAAAACCAAAUCUUCUUUGUUUCUACCAAGCCCAUUCCCUCCAACACAGAAAUAAGGGUUUGGUAUGAAGCAGAGUAUGCCAAAUUAGUGCAGAAAGAACUUCUUCCUGAGUUAGAGGGUCCACCUAACCCUGCCACUGGUUACCCUUCAAAGUGGGCAUGCUCUGUGUGUUUGGAAGGCUUCAAUACCUUCAGUGACCUGGAGGCUCAUAACUGUGCAGGGGAACCCCCAGCUGAUAAACGGCAGUUGAGAGGGAGGCCAAGGAAGGGGAGACCUAGAAAGUACGUCAAACCGUCCAAAACAUGGAGAGCCAGGUUGGAGAAAAGUAGGUUACCGCCACGGAAACGAGGGAGACCCCCAAAACUAAAGGGGAUGUUGACCGUCCCUAGACCUGCAAAGGAAGUGAAGAUCUCUGUCUCAGAUGCACCUCUGGAGGAAAACAAUUUACAGGAAGUAUUGGACAAUCCUCCAGAACUGGUGGAUGAUGAUCCGAUAGACAAGGACGAUCACGAAGUGUCCGCUCUGGAGUUGCUGGAUGAAGUCCUAGGAGAAGAUGAUGAGGAGGAUGACAUCCCUGUGUUACCGAGAAGAAGAGGCAGAAAGAAGAGGGUCCCAGGUGCUCCCAAAAUUACCCGAACACCAAAGAGAGAACCAAUGGCCUGUCCCCACUGCGAAGAAACGUUCACUAAAGAAGCCUUAUUUGUGAUACAUGUUUCUGAACACACGGGGGUUAAACCCUAUAUAUGUGAAGUGCCUGAGUGCCAAAAGGGAUUCAUGUCCAAGUUCAAGCUGGAGAGACAUAGACUCAUUCAUACUUGUCCAAGAUCCCAUAAAUGUUUAUACUGUGACAAAUCAUUUAAUAGAAAAGACCAUUUGAAGAAUCACAUGGUGACACAUGAUCCAAACAAGAAGCGCUGGGUGUGUGAGGAGUGUGGGAAGGAAUACUGCUACAACUUCUCCUACCGUACCCACAAAGCCUUUCAUGAUGCAGAUGCAGGGCGAACCACUGAAUGUGGCAUUUGUCAUAAGCAGUACGAGUCUAAGGAUGAAUUGUUGUACCAUCUUAAGGUUCAUAGUGGAGCAAGGUCUGUGAAAAACUGUACUGAAAAAACACAUGCGUGUGAUGACUGUGGAAAAACGUUUUAUACAAGGAAAGAUGUUCGGCGACACAUGAUCACGCAUACGAAGAAAAAGGAUUUCCUGUGUCAGUACUGUCCACAGAGAUUCGGGAGGAAAGAUCACCUAACAAGGCAUCUACGAUCCUCCCAUACAGGUGAUAAUAACAACAGUAGACCUCGUGCACCACGAGGCGAACGGAAGGAAAAACCACAGUACACCACUGCAAAUGUGUCCAUGGUGGGUCUUCAGAUUCCUCGCGAUGAACAGAAUCUCCUAGUCACUUCCCAGCCAGUGAAUUAUCAACAGUUACAGGCAUUCGCUUCAGAAAUACCAGUACCACUUCAAAUGUUUGAAAAUGCUGGAAACCAGACUGUCAUUGCUAUGCCUAAUAUGGGAACAUUACAAACACAACAACAGACUCAGCAGCAACCUCAACAACCCCAGCAACAGCAGCAACCUCUGCAAGUUGCUGCUAUCCAAAAUGUGCAACAUGUUGCUAUACAAAACCAGAUGCCAGUGACAGAGAAUAGAUAUGUAGAAGCUAUAAUUCGACAUCAACCUCAACAGAACAUUGUGUCCUCAACACCUGCUGAAUAUAGAACCAUAGACCACCAGCCAAACAUACAGACAUACAUACCAGUAGCCAGUCAGCAACCUCAGCAGCAGCAACAGCAGCCUCAGCAACACAUUCAGAUAGCCAAAACUGAAAACAUUGAUCUGACCAGGACAAAUGGGGUUCUACAAACCGAGUUCGUACAGACCCCAGCAUCACGAAAUGACAUGACAGCACGUCCUACCGUACUACAGACAACUGAUGUGAAUAGGCAAGGUAAUGCACCUCCUCAGACAUUUUCUACUUUACUGGGCUAUAUGGAGACACUGAGAUUCCUAGAGAACCUGCCGACUAACGCCCAGGGAGCGGUGAUAUCUCAGAUGACAAUGCAGCAGGAGGGGCAGCACCUGCCCACCAUGGUCCCCAUACAGACCAGCACCCUGGCCUACUCUGUAGCCACCACUGUCACCCCCACCCACCAAAUCAUUCCCGUGGAAAUGCAGACCAAGAGGAUGGCCGUCACCCAACACAGUGCCUACCAACAGCAGCAGGGCUCCUGAUACUCUCUCUAUGCAAUAAAUAAUCUUAGUCAUUGACCUCUUCCAUUUUCCUGCCCAAGGACCAUAACUCCUGUCCGAGACACAAAUCUUCCAGUCGUCUUUGUUUUGUUUGUUUUUGCUUCUGGUUUUAUGGAUAAUUUUUAUGGUUUUGUUAUGAAUUAAUUUGACUUAGAAUUCAGUUAGAUAUUUAUCAAAAUUGUACCUAUACAUAAAGUAUAUGUUACCAGUCUUAUUGACAAUUUUCAAUGAAAAUUUGUUAUUUUUAGAUAAAUUUGAACAUAUCAAAUAUCCAUAUUGAAAAAAAGAAAUUUUCAUAAAUAUUUGAGUUUCAACCCCAAGAAUUCAGAUUGUGAUAUAUUUAUUUUACAUUUUAAGGAAAUUUUUGUGAUUUUAUAUGCACUGGUUACGUCCCACGUUUCUGCUGAUCUUUUUUUUAUAUUUAUCCUUUUACAGCCGCUGUAGAUUUAAACCAUUUAUAAAUAUGUUGUUGAUAUUGAUACAAGCCCUUUGUUUUUAUGUGAUGGUUUCAUUAAUUUGUACAUAAAUUAUGUAUAUUGUGUAAAUGUUUAAUCCUUUAUUUUCUCUGCUAGUAUUUAUUACCGACAAGACUAGUCAUCAGCGAUUAAAUCAUGUUUUUAAAUUCUGUUUGCAUGUAAAAUAAUGAAAUUAGGGGAUUUAUUAUAGGGAGAAGGAUGAACAUAGCUUUACAAUUUUAUUACUGUCUGGGAUGAAUUAGGUUCACUGUUGUCAUUUUAUUUUUUUCUCUAUAUUUUGGUAAAAGUUGUUGAAAUUUUUCUGACAUUUUUAUUGCAAUUUGUCUUUGUUGAAGAGAUCUGAUGUAAAUGUGCUAGUAAAGAUGUAGAUGUAUGCAUAUUUUUUAAUGGAAUAAAAUUAAAUAAGAAAUUAAAUUCAUGUUAGAGGUAAUAAUGAAUUAAGAAUAAGUUAAAAUGAAAGAAAAGGUAAUUUAAUUGAUUUUAUUAAUUUGCUGUGAGAGGUACAGGUAUUUGUUGUAUAGUUCAUACAGAGUUGUCAGUCUUGACAUUCACACUACUUGUUCUGUUGGUCGGAUCAUCAUCUCGCUGACCUGUAAUGCCACAAUGUCAUUAAUUCACAGUGUAAUGUUACGGAUAUUGGAGGCAGAAGGUUUGAAAUCUUUGUCAAAAGUUGUUAUGUGUGUACAUAAAGGAAAUUAUUAGAAUCUUGAGCUCAUGAGAGAAAUUAAAUAACAUAAUUAUAUAAUAAAUAUGAUGAUUGACAAA